AUGUGGGCCCCUUCCACAUUCGGUUCUUCUCCACCUAUUCAAUCUCUUUCUCUCAAACAUACGCACAGAGCACCACGACGAUUUCUUGCUCUCGCUGGUGAGCAUCUGGCCGCUGCCGACCGCUCGAAUCGGCCCGACCUUCGCCGCCCUCUCCACGAGACCGCUUUUUCCACCGAUCAAUUUCCACGACCUACCGCCGAACACCAGCCCUCGUCGUCGCUGGCGACCUCCGUCCUGGCAACCCUGGAACCCAGCCGCAGAACUUCCGUCUCUCCCCGCAGCACCGAAUUUGAUGGCACCGCCAUGGACGAGAAGCACGCGGGUUCUAAUGGUGUCCAAGAUGUUGACGUACAGGAAGGUGGCGCCACCUCUCAAAUUCGGGCCUCCCCGGGCUCUAUCGGCCGGACUUCAGAGAUCGCCAGGGACCCGAAAUCGCCGGCGAGCAAGACGCAAAUGAAGAUCAAAUUUGAUUAUCUUGCAGUCAGCUUUAUGUCGGAGGCCGACUGCCGGCACCGCCGCCGGCUCCAUCUCCGAUUCAUUCUCAGUGCUGCAAUAUCUUCAUUGAGGAUGCCGGUGGAUGAGUAA